UGGACGAAUGACUUGCUUGAUAAGUUAGAUGAAUAUGGCAUAAAAGCUACAUUUUUUGUCAAUGGUCACAACGAAGACAUUUAUUGUAUCUACGAUUUCGCAGAAAUUUUACAAAGAGCUUAUUCUUCAGGUCACUUAAUCGCCCAUCACACGUGGUCUCACCCAUACUUGACAGGUGUCAAUGCUAAUGAAGUAAAAUACCAAAUAGAACAUUUAAAUGAAGCAUUUAAGAAAAUUCUCGGCGUUACACCAAAAUAUUUCCGGCCUCCGUACGGUGAUGGCAUUAAUAAUGCAAACGUAAGAUCAGCUAUGGUAGCAAACGGAAUGGAUAAAAUGGUAAUUUGGGAUGUGGAUACUGAGGAUGCUAUUGACGGAGUCUCAGAGUCAGAGAGUGAAGACAAUUAUUCUGAUGGGAUCAGUGAUCAACAACCCCAUGUUGUGUUAAGUCAUGAUAGGAUUCAGACUACAUGUGAGCAAUUGGCACCUUUUGAGAUUUCUCAAGCAAUUGACAAUGGGUAUCAGUUUGAUACAGUUGCAGGGUGUAAUGGAGAUUGGGACUCAAGUAAUUGGUAUAAUAUUGAUACCGGAUCAUUUGGCACGAGGGACAAAACUUGGACAUGUAAUGAUGCAGAUAUGCAUGAUUCGGAUAACACAUCACCUCGUUAA